GUUAUUGAUAUAGGUUGUGUGAGUUAUAUUGGUCCAUAUAGACUGAUGUGGCAUGGCACUGUUUACGUGUUGGUUACUGGAUCAUUUGAGGACAGCCUUUUUUUUUUUUUAAAGUGGAGUAGGCUACAGCUCGCCUGCAUCUGCUGAAAAUCUGCUCCAGUUCAUUGCAGUAAAGUUGCUGCAGCACCAACUCUGUUGCUAUGAGUGUGGGAUCUGAUCACACAUCACAAGCAUUUUUGAUUUGAACAUCUUAACAGUCUAAGUGAGUCUGGUGUAAGAGUAUGACCCUCUCCAAAUCACGCACUGCUGUGCCGCACCCUCUCCUGCAUGCACCCUUGGCUUUUGGCUACGACUCAAAGCUGUGGAGUUGACAGAAGGUAAUCUCCACCAUGUGAGGCCUCGGCCCCAGUUUGGAGGCGGGGUGUGAUUCAUUCAAAUCUGCCGGUGCUAUAAAAAGAGGGGAAGUUGCAAGUAACCCAACUUCAACCCACAAGAUCGUGGCAUAGCAGAAGAUCAUCCGUGUUGUUAUUCUACGUGAUGAUGAAUACGGUUAAAGCUAUUAAAACUGCAAUAGUCUGUCUCGUCUUGCUGCCCCGUUUUCUGAUGGCAGCGGUCAUGUUUUGGCUUCUUGACUUUUUAUGCAUAAGGAAAAGAGUUUUCUUCAGGAUGAAGGAGCAGGAGGGCGAUGCCAUCGAUCCUCCACUGUGCAUAUCAGACUCCAAUCGUCUCUUCAGCCUGGAGUCCCUCAAGGCAGUAUGGCACGGACAUAAACUGGACUUUCUCAAAGCGGCGCAUCUCGGACACGGAGCGCCCAACACUGAAGUUGUUCAGCUGGAGGAUCAGCGGCGCAGCCGCAUCCUGGAUUACGCAAAGGACAAGAGACCGCUCAUCCUCAACUUUGGCAGCUGCACCUGACCACCGUUCAUGGCGCGUCUGAAGGCGUUUCAGGGAGUCGUGCAGCAGAACGCAGAUAUAGCAGACUCUGUAGUUGUGUAUAUCGAGGAAGCGCACCCCUCCGACGGCUGGAUGAGCACUGACGCGCCCUAUCAGAUCCCCAAACACCGGUGUCUGGAGGACCGGCUGAACGCGGCGCAGCUGAUGCACCUGGAAGUGCCCGGCUGCCUGGUCGUGGUCGACAGCAUGGAAAACUCCUCCAACGCUGCAUACGGAGCUUAUUUCGACAGACUUUAUAUACUGCAGGAGGGAAAGAUAGUUUACCAGGGUGGCAGAGGACCUGAAGGAUAUCGGAUCACAGAGCUCAGAGACUGGCUGGAUCAAUACAGAGAAAGGCUUGAAAAAUCCAAUAAUCUAGUUAUUCACGUGUAAAUAGGUUCUGAUCUUUUUAGAGCUGCUAUAACAAAAAAAAACAAAUAUGGUGCAGAUUUUACAGUAUUAUAACACCACUUAGAAACAUUUCCAUCAAUAAUGGUGUAUUUAUUUUAUAUAUGGUUGGAUCAAAGUAAUUGUAAAGCUGUAGGCUCCUUCAUGUCAUAUUGGACAUCUAUACAUCCUGUUAGGAUCCAUCCACAAACAGGUUAGUUUGUUUUGGACCUUUUGUGAACAAAAAGUAUUUUAUGUGUCAAAAGUUUUUUCUUUUUGUUUUUAUCUCUUCUCCUCGUGUAAAUGCGUAAACGCAUGAUGAACCCAUCAGGACGUUGGCAUUAGCGCAUCACUGUGUUCAUCAGUAUUGUUGUGAAGUUCGGUUUUUAAACGGAUUGAAUCCAGAGAACCGAGACUGAUGUUUUUCAUACUGGAGAUCAUGGUGAAAGUGCUGCUGUCUGCCCUGCAUGGCACAACUUGUUUUUUUUUUUGUAAAUAUUGUUCCGUUUUAUGGAUAUAUUUUUCAUACAAUAAAAUGCUUUGAUCUAAUAUCUUCCUUCAUUACAUUUUUGUUUUUUGCAAGGUGUAUUUCUUCUCUCUUUUUUCUUCUUUUUUUUUUUUUUUGCAAUAACAGCAUGCUGUGUAUAGGUUUUACAGUAAUUUGGUUUCUUAUAGUAGAAGAUAAAAGGAUGAAUGUUUAAUUUCCUGCACAAUAAAGCACAACAGGCCCCAAGAAUUCCUCUGGAAAUCUCCUUUCUGAUGUGCAGUCCUUGAAAAUGGUGUGGAGAAGUAGAAAAUAUGAAAUCACUUCAGAAAGGAUAAGAUUUCCCCAGAAAUCCCCAAGCAGAAAAAGUAUUUAAACGUGGUAAUUAUUGCGUUAUUUGAAUGCAGGUGAUUCACAAC